CGAGCACCUCUGUCUCUGUCAGCAUCCGCAGCGUUAUGCAGAAGUACCUGGAGGACCGUGGCGAGGCGACCUUUGAGAAGAUCUUCUCCCAGAAGCUGGGGUACCUGCUCUUCCGAGACUUCUGCCUGAAGCACCUGGAGGAGGCCAGGCCGCUGGUGGAGUUCUACGAGGAGAUCAGGAAGUACGAGAAGCUGGAGACGGAGGAGGAGCGGCUGGCGCGCAGCCGGGAGGUCUUCGACACCUACAUCAUGAAGGAGCUGCUGGCCUGCUCGCACCCCUUUUCGAAAAGCGCCACUGAGCACGUUCAGGGCCACCUGGUGAAGAAGCAGGUGCCCCCGGAUCUCUUCCAGCCCUACAUUGAAGAGAUUUGCCAGAACCUGCGAGGGGACGUGUUCCAGAAGUUCAUUGAGAGUGAUAAAUUCACACGCUUUUGCCAGUGGAAGAACGUGGAGCUCAACAUCCACCUGACCAUGAAUGACUUCAGCGUGCACCGCAUCAUCGGGAGAGGGGGCUUCGGCGAGGUCUAUGGGUGCCGGAAGGCCGACACAGGCAAGAUGUACGCCAUGAAGUGCCUGGACAAGAAGCGCAUCAAGAUGAAGCAGGGGGAGACCCUGGCCCUGAACGAGCGCAUCAUGCUGUCCCUCGUCAGCACCGGGGACUGCCCCUUCAUCGUCUGCAUGUCCUACGCGUUCCACACGCCGGACAAGCUCAGCUUCAUCCUGGAUCUCAUGAACGGUGGGGACCUGCACUACCACCUUUCCCAGCACGGGGUCUUCUCCGAGGCGGACAUGCGCUUCUACGCCGCGGAGAUCAUCCUGGGCCUGGAGCACAUGCACAACCGCUUUGUCGUGUACCGGGACCUGAAGCCGGCCAAUAUCCUCCUGGACGAGCACGGCCACGUGCGCAUCUCGGACCUGGGCCUGGCCUGCGACUUCUCCAAGAAGAAGCCCCACGCCAGCGUGGGCACCCACGGCUACAUGGCGCCUGAGGUCCUGCAGAAGGGCGUGGCCUACGACAGCAGCGCCGACUGGUUCUCGCUGGGCUGCAUGCUGUUCAAGCUGCUGCGGGGGUGA